AUGGUCAACACUGCAACCACUACACUAGACGUCGAUAACAGAAAACAACGAUACGCAAUGCCAACAAGUCGCUCGCCUUUGACUCGAGUCCUUUCACUUAUUGAGUGCCCACAAUCCUCCAUCCGAUUCCUUAUCCUUGACUGCCCAACAGAAUCAACCCUUGAUUUCUACAUCGAACAAUUUGAACAGCUUAACGUCACCACCGUGGUUCGUUGUUGCCAACCCACUUAUAAUGCUGAACGUGUAAAGUCCCAUAACAUCGGUGUGAUGGAUCUACCUUUCAAGGAUGGCGGUACACCUCCGCCGGAUGUGCUUCGUGCUUGGUUGACAUUGGUAGAGACAACAAAGAACAAACAACCUGGAUCCACAAUAGCCGUUCAUUGUGUGGCUGGUUUAGGACGUGCCCCACUCCUUGUCGCCAUUGCCUUAAUCGAAAUGGGUAUGAAACCUUUGGAUGCCAUUGAAUACAUUCGUGGGAAACGACGAGGCUCUUUCAACAAGGUGCAAAUUGACUACUUGGAUCGAUACAAACGCAUUCUCAAAUCAUCAUCAUCCUCAUCAUUCGGAUCCUCCUUCCUAGGAAGAAUGUUUGGGAUUGGCAAAACUAUUCAGACAUAG